AUGCUCCCUACUCCCCCUCCGUCCCCUGUACCACGUUGCUAUGCCCCGGAGGACCGAUUAGGACUGCUCCUGGCCAACCGCCUGGAACUCACUAGCAUCCUGGGUGUCGGCGCCUAUGGCGUUGUCUACGCCGCCGUCGACAUCCACACCAAUGUGCCCUACGCCGUCAAGGCGUUGAACAAGACCGGUCUCGACCCUAGGCAGCGGAAAUUCCAGCAGCGGGAGAUCAAGCUCCACCAUAUGGCUAGCCAGCAUCCCAACGUGGUCUCCCUGGUUCGCAUCAUGGAUUCGGUGGAUUGCACGUAUGUUGUGAUUGAAUUUUGCCCCGAGGGCGAUUUGUUUUCCAGUAUCACAGAACGAGGCCACUUCGUGGGCAACGACCCCUUGGCAAAGCGCGCCUUCCUGCAGAUCUUGGAUGCCGUCCAGUAUUGCCAUUCCAUUGGGAUCUACCACCGCGACCUCAAGCCCGAGAACAUCCUCGUCACCGACGGAGGCAUGACCGUCAAGCUGGCAGACUUUGGCCUGGCGACGACCGACUACUACACGUCGGAUUUCGGUUGCGGAUCGACUUUCUACAUGUCGCCCGAGUGCCAGCAGACGAACCCGAGGCCGUUCUCGUGCUACGCGUCCGGUCCCAAUGACGUCUGGAGCUUGGGUGUGAUCCUGGUGAAUCUGACCUGUGGCCGCAAUCCCUGGAAGCGGGCUUCAACCGAGGACACAACCUUCCGCGCCUACCUCAAGGACCCGGAGUUUCUGAGGACGAUCCUGCCUGUGUCCCCGGAGUUGAAUGCCAUCUUGAGGCGCAUCUUUGAAUGCGACCCGGUCAAGCGGAUCACCAUCCCGGAGCUUCGCAGACUGAUUCUGGAUUGCCCAAGGUUUACCACCAAUGGUCCCAGGAAGCCCGGAUAUGUCGAGGAGCCAGUGUCGUACCCCAACUAUUGCCCAUUCCCACCAUCCCCUCCGGCGGAGCUUAUCAACGCUCAGUACUCUGACUCGGCGGUGUCGGAUACCUCCCUCACCACCGACGAGACGAUCAGUUCGGUCUCGUCCGUGUCAGACUACUCCGGAGACAACCAGGCCGACAACAUCACUUGUGUCGACCCUCAAGCGGGCCCCGAUUUCUGGGGGUCUCCUAUCCAUCUCACCGAUGUCGCAGAGAAGUCCCUGAUUCCCAAUCAGCCCGCCGACCCAUACGUUACUGCGUACUAA